ACAGGAAGAAUGGGGCAGAGAGAGGAGAUGGCAGGCAAUAACUGUCCGCGGACGAGAUGUUGUCCUGUUUUGUAAAAGUUUCGUUUUCAGUUUCUUUUCUUCGGAAAGGUUCGCUGGGGAGGAAUAGACGUUUCGUCUCUACUCCUCUCAACGUCUGCUUGCAGAAGUCAUUAUGGAGAAGAGUGGGAUCUUUGGCUAUGGAUUUUCCACCACUCUUCCUGGAGCUACUUCAACGACAACAUCUGCUCCUGGUUUUUGCCUUGGACCUCCAGAAGCUGCUCCAUCUCCUUUUUUUGGUGUGACCUCAAACAGCUUAAACAAACUGAGCAAAUUAACAAAUGACAGCACAAAGGAAGAAAAGAAGGAGAGAGUUGUAGAAAUCCCGACUUUUACAGGACUUCAAUCAAAGUUGGAAUGUGCAUGGAGAGAUGUGCAGUGGACUGAAGAGCAAAAGAAAAACCUGAUGAAGACUGUUAGCUCCUACAAACCUAGCUGUAAGGAUGUGCUUCAUGCCCGGGUUCUCCUCCUCGGACCAGUUCGUUCUGGAAAGUCCAGCUUCAUCAGUUCAGUCCAGUCUCUGUUUAAUGGGAGAGUCACUAACCGUGCCAUGGUGGGCUCCUCCUUAAAUACCAGCUUCACUAAAAAGCUACAGUCUUUCGCCAUACGUGCUCAGAAGGGGGAGGACAGUACUAGGCUAGUGCUGUGUGAUAGUAUGGGUCUUGGGGACGGAGACAUGACCGGGCUGACUCUGCACGACAUCCUGUCAGUGAUUAAAGGCCAUGUUCCUGAAGGGCACAAGUUCAGUCCAGAUCAACCAGUUGGCACAGAAACUCCGGGCUAUGUGAAGAAGCCCAGCGUCGGGGACAAAAUCCACUGUGUAGCCUUUGUGGUUGACGCCUCGAAAAUCACAUCCUACAACAAAGGCUUCAGCUCUACCUUCAAACUGCUCCGAGAGCACAUCAGCGAGCUGGGUGUUCACCAGGUAGCUCUGCUGACCCACAUUGACCAAAUUUGUCAAGAAACAGCCAAAGACAUCAGCCUGGUUUACAAAAGCCUGAGAGUUCAAGAGGCGAUGAACAAAGCUGGAGCUUUGCUGGGCAUGUCCACCUCCUACAUCGUUCCAGUGAAGAACUAUUCAUCAGAACUGGAUCUGGAUGUGAACGCAGAUGUGCUGCUGCUCAGCGCUGUUGACCACAUCUUGCAGUACGUCGACCUGUUUUUCCAGGACUACUUGCCACAGCAAACAGUACCUAUGCUCCGCUGAUGCCUGAGCUUUUGGAACAUAUCUUUCUUAAAAAAAAAACAUUCUCAUGAAAAUGUUGAAUGUUUUUCAUAUUUUUGGAAAUGAAUUGUAAGAAAAUGUAUCUUGUAAUAAUUUGGCCUUUUUGUUAAAUCAAGCAUUUUUCUAUAUUCAUAAAUUACAGAAUGAGGGUUACUAUUUCUAUUGACCUGUAUGUUGCAUACAUUUCCACCACACACCAUAGUUACAAUGGAAUAAACAGUAAUUCAGCUGCCAGAAAACUUACUAUGUUUAGCAGUAAAUUGAGUAUGUUUUUUUUUCUUCUGUUACUCGAAUGCUUCAUCCAUAUGACCUGGGUGUGUUGGUCAAACCUCCACUAUGAUAUUUCAAUUUGUAUGAAUUGUUUACAUAUAAAAAAUAAACCAGAAAAGUCUUGUUUUAGUAUGAUAAUGGCAACCUUUUUGAGAAACACAUACCAACUUAAAUAAAAUAAAACCGUGUUCUGUA